AAAAAUACAUACUUUUAUCAAUAUAUUUAAUUUAAAAUUAAAUAUAAUGUCUAAUCAAUAUUAUGAAGGAAGUCAACAGAUAUCAAAUAGAUAUAUUACAGGACAAUAUAACAGUCAAGGAUCAGAUAUAAAAAAUAUAGGAUAUGAAUCAGAACCAAAACAAACAUUUCAACAAAGCACAUUACCUAUAUACCAGCAAGAGAUAAAGAUAUCUAAAGAAAAUCCUCAGAUUCAGGCCUUUUGGCCUCAGACUGACAGAGAAUUUAUGCAAGAUCAUCAAAAGGCGAAUGUGCAUAUGGAAAUGGAACUUAACAAAGAAUUGAAUGUAGAACUAAAAUGCGAUGAAGAAAUGUCAUCGGCAUCUAAUAUAACCGGAAUAGCAAAACAUAAAGGACGAAAACAAAAAUACCCUAAAAGCAGAUUAUCUCAAGGAGGAUUAAAAAGUACUCCUAGAAGUCGAAAACAUGAUAGCGAAGAUGAGGAUGAAGAUUAUAACAUGGAAGGCACUAAAACAAAAUCUGGUAGAAAGAUACACCGUCCUACUCAAUUUAAUCCUGCAGCGAAAACUCCAAGCAAAAGACGUGGUCCUGGUAGAAGAUCUGCUCAGGAUUCACACUUCUGUAUUAUUUGUCAACGAGGCCACAGUCCAAGUUCUAAUAGAAUUGUAUUUUGUGAUGGAUGUAAUUUUCCAUAUCAUCAGCUAUGUCAUAUACCAGUUAUAGAUGAUCUCGUUAUUAGUUUAUCUGAUUCAGAAUGGUUAUGUUAUACCUGCAAUAAAAAGCGUGCUAAAAGAACAUUAAUGACGGGUGCUACAGGUGCUAAUCUAACAGAGGAAGAGAAAAAAACAUAUCUUGCAUCUCUUCCUUUAUCACAUUUAGUGGAACUUUUAUUUUUUUGUGAAAAAAUGUGCCCAAGCAUACCAUUUUAUGCACCUAAUACUCGUGAAAUUCUAAUGGAAAUCCGACGUGCUAAAGAAGAAGCAAUCAUGAAUGAAAAUUCUAUUACAGAACAGCUAAACGGAGAACAUUUUGAUCCAGAAUCAAUAUUAGAUGAUUCAGACUUAAGUGACGCAGCUGAUUCAAAUGCAGAUCCAGAUAAUCUCAAAGGAGAUCUUCCAAGUUACGAAAAUAUGAUUAUAGAAGCACUAACAUCAAUUCAUGAACCUAGAGGAGUUCCACCUAGAAUUAUAUACGAAUGGAUGGAAAGUAAUUAUCCAACCUUAAAUCCAAGGUUUAGGGCAUCUGCAUCUCAGGCAUUACAAAAAGCAGUUAAGAAAGGAAGACUUCAGAAAGAUGGAUCGAAUUACUUUUUAAAUACUGAUUAUAAUGGAAAAUAUGUAUAUAAUUCCAAGCUAUCUCAACAGCUACAAUUACAGGAAUCUAUUCAUAAAAACCCUACAAUUAACAUGGCAUCAUCUAUUUCAUUUUCCGAAAACCAAUUACAACUUGGCACACUUCCGCAUCUUCAACAAGGAUUAAAACUCCCUCCUGAAUUACAGGACCCUCAAAAUUUCCUCAUGGAUGAUAAUAACGAGGUUUUUAGUCAUACGGUUAACACUUUACCCCAACAGUCAGACGAUAAUUCUCAAAAACAAGACAUAUCUAAAAUAUUAAAAGAAAGUUCUAAUUUAGUAAAUAAAUUAGAAAACGAUGUUAUAAAUAUUCAUCAUGCAGAUACAACUAGCCAAUCUUUGCAAACUGGUGGAAAUACAAUAAUCGGUAAUUAGCUUCCAAUAUUAUACUUAUUAAAAGCAAUUAUAUAUAAUUUACAC